AUGGGCUCUAUCACUUUAUUCACAUUUGUGUCCGCGGCUUUCAUUAGUGGAUUUGCCGCUGCACAGCCAACCCGUGCAAUCAAUUCGGAUUUUGCCGACCCCUGUGUCAUCCAGGUCGGCGAUGGCUAUUACGCCUUUGCUACUGCCGGCAACGGAGUGAAUGUCCAAGUUGCAUCAUCCUCUGAUUUCUCAACGUGGGAUCUUCUAUCCGGUACAGAUGCCAUGCCUGGUCCAUUUCCCUCCUGGGUGGCUAGCUCUCCGGCAAUCUGGGCCCCCGAUGUGAAUCAAAGAGAUGACGGAACUUUUGUCAUGUAUUUCUCUGCUGCUACAAGCCAAGAUAGUAGCAAGCAUUGUGUCGGGGCUGCUACCUCCUCAAGCAUUACCGGUCCUUAUACCCCGGAGAAUGAUCCAUUGGCCUGCCCUCUCGACCAGGGAGGCGCAAUUGAUGCCGAUGGGUACAAGGAUGGAGACACUUAUUACGUGGUCUACAAAAUUGACGGAAACAGCCUCGAUGGUGAUGGCACUACUCAUGCUACACCCAUUAUGCUUCAGGGUCUUAACUCUGAUGCCGUGACGCCAAACGGUGAUGCCACACAGCUCCUUGACCGCGACAGCAAUGACGGUCCCUUGAUUGAGGCCCCUAGCCUUGCAAAUGUUGGAGGAACUUACUACCUCAGCUUCUCUUCCAACAUGUACAACACGCUCAACUACGAUGUGAGUUAUGCGACCGCGUCCGCAAUCGCGGGACCCUAUACCAAGGCUCAGGCCCCCGGCGCUCCUCUUCUCGUCUCUGGGGACGCAAGUGACGCUGGUAAUCUGGGUGGCCCUGGUGGCGCUGAUUUCAAUGCCGAUGGUUCGAAGAUUGUGUUCCAUGCCUUCGAGAAUGGCCAGAACCUGGACAACGGACGUGCAAUGUAUGUCGCCGAUAUUAGCGCUUCGAAUAACGUGCUUAGCGUGGGUUGA